ACUCAAAACUCUUUUUUCUGGCUUCUCUCUCUAGGAAGCUGGGGUGAGUGAGUGAGUAGGUGACACAACACCAACAAGUGGAUGGAGCUCUGUUUGCUUGGGAAGUUGAAAACUUUGAACACAGUACAAGAACCGCUUACCAGGGAAACAACCCAAUACCACUCCCACCAUUAACAAUACACAGAUAACCCAUUUAUUGCUAACAUCAUCAUCUUUCCGUCCAUAAAAUAAAACACACAAACUGGGCCUCACUCUCAAGAAGGUUUUGAGAAAUCAAAGAUGGCGAAUAGAUGGUGGGCUGGGAAUGUGGGAAUGAUAAGAGAGCAAGAGUUGAUGGAAAACAGCAACAACAACAACAACAACAACAACGCUACUACUACUACACCGACGAAUAGCAGCAACAGCAACACUAACGCGAACACCAACACCAACACGACCGAGGAAGAGGUGAGCAGGGAUAACGGAGAGGACCAGAACCAAAACCUCGGCAGCCACGAAGGGUCGGAGCCCGGAAGCAGCGGUCGGAGGCCACGUGGCAGGCCAGCGGGGUCCAAGAACAAGCCCAAGCCGCCCAUAGUCAUAACUAAGGAAAGCCCCAACGCGCUCCGAAGCCACGUCCUGGAAAUCGCCUCCGGCAGCGAUGUCGCCGAGAGCAUCGCCGCCUUCGCCAACCGCCGCCACCGUGGCGUGUCGGUCCUCAGCGGGAGUGGCAUUGUAGCCAACGUCACUCUCCGCCAGCCCGCCGCCCCCGCCGGCGUCAUAACCCUCCACGGGAGGUUCGAGAUACUCUCCCUCUCGGGUGCCUUUUUGCCGUCCCCCUCGCCGUCCGGCGCCACCGGACUGACCGUCUACCUAGCCGGCGGGCAGGGGCAGGUUGUCGGCGGCAACGUGGCGGGCUCUCUCGUCGCCUCCGGACCGGUGAUGGUGAUCGCCGCCACUUUCGCUAAUGCCACUUAUGAGAGGUUGCCUCUGGAGGAUGAUCAAGGUGAGGAGGAAAUGCAAGUGCAGCAGCAGCAGCAGCAGCAGCAACAGCAGCAGCAGCAGCAGCAGCAACAACAAUCUCAAGGUUUGGGGGAACAGGUUUCAAUGCCUAUGUAUAAUUUGCCUCCUAAUUUGCUACACAAUGGUCAGAACAUGCCUCAUGAUGUGUUCUGGGGAGCUCCACCUCGCCCUCCUCCUUCCUUCUGAUCACCCUUGCCAAUAUGAUCAUGUCUUUAAUCUCUCACUGACUUGCGAAUUAAGUACUAUGUUAAUUAAUUUCUCACGGUUUUUCUUGCAAGCAUAGCUAGCUAGCUAGCAAGGUUAGUUAUUAGGAUGGUUUUGUUAAUUUGUGCUUCUUAGAGACUCGAGUCAAGUAGAUGAUGUUCUUAUCUUUAAUAUACUUUGUAGUACUACUGGUUUGUUUAUUGUUUUUUUUUCUUUUUCUGUCUAAUCAAUCUGCUUGUUUUGGUGGAAGAGUUGGAUUAUGAUUA